UGUCACAGAAGCACCUGCUGCCAUCUAUCGUAUAUGUCUAGCCAAACAUAUUUUGGAAAAUUAUCAAAAACAAAUGCGAGUGAACUCCCAUAAACAAGGCAACCAUAAAUCAACUGAAGGUAUGGUUUAACAGACAAAUAGCUGAAGAUGAUAUCGAGAUAAAGAAUCCUCUUUGACGUUAACAGUUUAAGAUUAACUAAAAAAUGGACGUGCUGCUAUCCCAUGUUACAUCGGCUCCUGGGAAGGAUGCUGUCACUGCAAGGAACCUAUCACCCAUCAACAACAAUACAGCUGACAUCAUGGGACAGGGCUGCUUUGACAACUUUCAUACAAUUGCAUGCAUCAGGAAUGGUGUAAUGACUUUAUUUGUAACUGUAAUCGGUCUGUUCUGCGUACUGAAGAUCAUCAAGCUGCAUAUGAACCGCCAUCCUACACUACACCAGUAUAUUAUAUUCUAUUGUGCCGCUGUCGAGUGUGCUGUUUGUGGUGUACACUGGAUGCUUGGAAAGUUUGCUCAGAUGGAUUUUGUCAUGCAGCAUUUGAAGUUGACACAGUUUCUUGUUGUAUCUCACUUCUACUGGAUGCUUGCCACAAGAGUGCUAAAGCGCGAGAGGCUCACUAAUUGGGUGUUACUGCCAUGUCUGACAGUGGCCUAUAUAUACUUCACUGUUGUAGCUCUACUGGGUAUCACACAAGUUAAGACAACAUUUGUAGAGUGCUUAGAGCCAUAUUGGAUUAUGAUGUCGGCAGCAGAGUUUGCUCUUGUCCAGGUGUUUAUGUUAGCUGGAUUCUACAUAACACGUCGACUCAAUGAGAUAAGCACGCUGGAAUCUGUACGAAGGGCACAGAAACGUGACUUGUGGAGCAUAAUUGGGGCAUUUGAGCUGUCUGCAUUGUUUGGGAUGGUCUAUGAUAUAGUUCUCCAAGCAUUGGGGGAUGAAACAAAAGGUUGCAGUGGUAUAUUUAAUCACAUGCAGGAAAUCUACUCACCAGUGUUUGGGACGUUUAUGGUGAUUAAGUUCCUCCUGCCAAUAGGUGUCAUGCUGGUCAUAUUUCACCCAAUAGAGUCAUCCCCGCAGGACCAGGAGGACUUGUUACCUCGUAGUCAGGAUGGGACUUACACAUCCGUGUUCAGUCCACCUCGGAAUGAGCGCAAUAAAUAUCGCCAGAUGUACAACCCUACCUCCGACUACACUGUUCAAUCUGCUGCUCUCCCUCCCCCUGCUGGUGUGCGGCGAACAGCCUCAAUGCCCUCAAUGGCUGCCCAAGGGAGGAGUCCGACCAUCAGCCCCCCUGGUCCUGGACUUCAUCGUACAGCUUCAUUGUUGCCAAUCUCAGAGGAGCACUCAAGUAUCCAGAAUGCAUCGCAAAAUGAUGUGAAGUGAACCAAUAAAAAUAACUCUUGUUGAGAUGUGAUUUGUUGGAAGUCUGGAUAAAAAUCUGAUAUUGAAUUGAAUAUUGAAUUCUUGAAAAUAUCCUACAAUAUUGCUCAUGUGCUGUAUUCACUUUUGUGAUUGCCUAAAUCUAUGAAAGCUUGAACCUGUGGAAAGCAAUUAUAUUACAAUGGCUCAAUUGUGCAAUUUAAAAAUAUGAGGAUAAACACUGGUAAUUAAGAGGGAGUUGCUAAAGAGAUCCAAGGGGAUCGAGACAUGAGAUUCAAGGGGAUCAAUACAAAUAGAGUCAGUGGAAUUGAUCAACACAAGAGAUAUAUGGGGAUUAAGGCAAAUGAUCCAGGAGGCUGAACCAGCACAAGAGAUUCAGGGGAUUGGAUCAACAAUUUGAUCAGCACAAAAGAUCCACAACACUAGAGAUCCAGAAAUUAUUAUGAUUACUAGAUAUUGAGACAAGUGAUCCAGGGAGAUCUAUACAAUUGUAAGUCAAGGAAGGACUUAAAAAGGUUAUCUCUACUUAGUCUGUAAUACUGAUCCUAAAUCUUUUCAAACUGUUUUAAAUGAUCUAAAACCUGCACCAUCAAUAGCCUGAUACAAUUUAGGAUCUUUAAUAAAUGCUUACCUGUUUUGAGCAGACAUGAUAGCUAAGCAGUAAAAAAAAAGUGCUACUUUAUUCUAGUACACUGUUCUAUUAAUUGGGUUUUUAGGGACCUAAGUUUAACAAAUUUCUUUCAACCUUUAUCCUAAAUCAGCUAGGGUAAGUAAAUACUACAAAGGGGAGAGUUGAUCUAUAGAGAACCAUAAUUGUAUAUGUUUAAGUAGAAAUCUUUAAAAACAUGUAGCUUAACUUCCUAGUUUUUCAACAUCCGGUUGAAAAAAUUCUAUAAAAUUAUAAGUGAAUACACCAUAUAAGUUCAUCUAUUCUUUAAAUAUGCAGUAAAUCACAAAUUGUGGUCUAGUACACAGAGUAAGCCUAGACAGUUCAAGUUAUGUGAUAGAUGGAAGAAGAUCCUGAUAUAAUAUAAUCAUUAGAAUAUCAAGUGUAUGGUUUCCAUGGUAAAAAAAAACAAGACAACUAUUUUAUACAAUAUUUUAAGAAAUGUGUCUCUUUAGUAUGUUUUUGUAAGUCUAUGAGCUGACUAACUACAGGGUGACACAAAAAUGCCAUGUAUUAGAGGUGAAUUUAUGAGUUAUCAGUGAUAUUUAUGAAAAUAAUUUUGAAUUUUGAAAUGUGCAUUAUAUCAUACAUGCAUACAUAUACUGUACAAUACUACAUAAGCCAUAUAUAAUAUAAUGAGUUAUGCACAAUGCUAUUUAAAUUGAUGUGGUCAUCAUUAUUAGACACUGUACAUUUGGGUGUAAUGUAAUUGGUAUAUCUUCAAUUAGAAUGAAAUUUCCGGCUGUAUUUCUGGACACAUCAAUAUUAUAUUUUUUCACUCUCCAAAUUCAGACCAUGUACCUCUGGAAGGGAGGAAACAUGUGAGUGAUAUCUAGUGUGCUUUAUAUGGAGCAUGUCAUUUUUGUUGUUUAUGUUAGACAUACAUAAGAAAGUCAAAACCUGUAUAAAUACAGAUGAACACAUCUCUAAAAGUGAACAUGACAAAUUGUGAACACUCAAUGUCCAGUAUGUGUAUUUGGAACAUCACAUUAAAUCUUACUUCAGUGGAUUUCUUAACGGGAUAACUGCCAAAUGUGAAUAAUUUUAGCUGGUCCAAACAGUGUUCACUGGAGAUAUGUUUUACUGUAUGUAAUUAUAGUUGGAUGAUACAGAGUUCCAGGGCAGUUGUACUCUUCAAGUUCAACACAGUCAACAAAUCUUAAUGACGAGUCAUA